AACACUACCAAAUGUGGCUACCGAAGCCCCGAUCCGAUUUGCUGCCUUUCUUCCUCUUCUUCCUUGCAUUUCCCUCUCCUUCAGUAAUCUAUUGAGUUACUGGUCAUUGGCAGUUUGAGUAAUGGAGGCUGAAAGCUGGGCCAAUUUCUCGGAAACAAGUGAUUCUGAGGGUUGCUUGGAUGACUUAAAUGAUGAGGAGAAUUUCUAUGCAUCUGGUGACAUACCCAAGUUGCAAUUUAGGAAAGAUGUGUCAAAAGCACGGUGGAUUGAUGAUAUGGAAAUGGCUGAGGUGGUGGAGAGGAAGGGAGGGAUGUGGACAAGUACUGGAAUAGUUCGUAGAGGCAAAAUUUACUGCUCUAUUGAAGAAACUUUGUUUUUGGCUGAAAUUGGAGCUUUGCAUCUUCUGGAUGAGGACAAUACACCCUUUCCUCUGAAAUAUAUUUAUAAUAAAGUCCAAGAAAAGAAGAAUAGAUUCUCAUGGGAGUCUUUUGAGGCAUAUAAACACUUAAAAGCUCUUGGUUAUGUUGUUGGGCGGCAUGGUAUACCUUGGACAAUGAAGACUGAUUCUAGUGCCCAAGAUUCAACAGAUGUAAAUGAGAGAGUGAAUGGAGAGUCAAGAGAGAGUUUUAUUAUUACUGAGAUGUUUCGCGGCAUGGACAUUAAUGAAGUUAGACCAUUAUUUGAUGUUUACCCUCCUAAUAGCAAGUUUAAGAAGUCUUCUCCUGGCACCCCAUGUUUCAUCCUUUGCCUUACAAGUGUCCAUCCUCCGUCAAAACAAGAGAUUGAGGAACUUGAGAGAUGUUGUCAUGGCUGCCCUCUAAAAUUCUGUAAUGUUGAUCAUGGACGCGUCAGUUUCUUCUCAUUCAACAGAUUGGAGCUUCCUACACUUCCUUGAUCUUUUCCAACAAAUACACUAAAUUUUGGCCUUGGAUGAGACGAGCUAUUCUAGACAAAAACUGAACAAUGUAUGUUCUUCUGGCUUAGUUUCAAAGAACAAAUGCAUUAUGGAUUGUUUUUGAGUUUAUCAUUUGGAAGUUAAGAACUUGGUAAUGGUACACUUUGAAUCGAGCACAUGGCAGCAGUCUUUUGUUAUUGUGCUAUAAGUUGCACCAUGUAGUGAGUCAUGUAGAUUAGGAUCAAUAAUCUGAUGGAAGCUUUGUACUGUUAGUUAUGGAUUUUGUGCUUAUAACUUUGUCUAGGAUGUCUUCCUACUAAUCUGAUGUUUCCCUCCCAAUCUAUCCUAAUUUGGUGCGAGUAACCUUUAAGUUCUC